GUAUUUACUAACUUGGUAUUGAUUCGUUUAAAAGUUCACGAUAACUUUAUGAAGAAAAGAAUGAACAAUAUAUUUACAUAUACCACUAAUUAGGAUAUAUAGAACCUGGUUGUAAAUAUAUGCGUUUAUUUCACAACCAAUAUAACGACGUGAAGUAUGAAAUAGUUAUUUACUAAAUUUGCAUAAAUUCACUAAUUGCAGAUUUUACAAAGAGUUAGAGACAAUAAUAGUACACAGCCUGGCCUGUUCAUAUUUUUGAGAUGGCAAUUAGUUGUAUCAUUGAAAUCGAACAGGUGUCAUCGAGUUCUAUGUGAUCGAAUUGAUAGCAACGUUGAAUUAUUAAACACGGACAUAUUGCUUGACCAACUGGACAUAUCAUAAGUAAUUGGACUAAAAACCACUUAUAGAUUUCAGUUACAGUUCGUGGAUUGGGUCAUCAUUUAAAUAUAUACAUUGACCUGGUGACUUUGUAGGAAGAAGAUGCUGUACAUGUGAAAUCCUACUGAUCAGUCAGCAUUACUAUUUUAAACUAUAAACGGAUAGAACAAUUAUAGUUUAUCUCUUUAGCGAUGCCUUGGAGUGAUGCAAUUCAAUCCUUAUUUAUUCAGCAGAAUUGAUUGAGUUCAAGAUUAACCAUAAUUAAAAUUGAUUACGUUAUGGAAUAUGGUUUAUUACUUGACAGAACGUGUUCUAAAUAUAAAUAUAGUACAUUGUAAUUGUUUUACACGGACAUUACCCCCGAGGCAAAUUUGAUGACAUGUCGGACAACACUUCUAUUUUAAAGUUACAUUUAAUUUUCUUCUAACAGUGACAUACUCCUCUGGGGCUUACCUUACCAGUAAACCACAUCUAUUGGUUUAACACCGAUUUGCAAUUAUAGAUCGCAGACUUUAUUAGUAAGCGAAAAGUAAAUAUUUUGACAGCAAAUGAUGUAAAAAGUGGAAGUGCAAAAUGUCGUUUUUACCUGGAGGUCAAAGGGUAUCUACCAUGAAAAGACACAGUCUGGCAAAUAUUGCAGAUGCGUGGAAAGGAUACACAGUUGGUGGGAGACGUGGAUCCACCUUAAGUUCAAUACGCAUGUCUGCCGGAAAUGCACUCGAUUGUGCUGCCAGACACGAGUCUUUAGAAUGCAUUCAGAUCGCUGUUAUACAGAUGUUCCAAAAGAAGAAGUUACAGGAAGGCGAACUUUAUACAUUACAAGAACAUGUCAGAGAGCUUGUGAAGACAGAAGCUGGUCCAUUGAUUUAUGAUUAUUUCAAGGAUAAAUUGUUGAAGAAAGGAAUGGUUAUUCUACGUGAAUAUAUGAAAAACGAUUUAGGUUCCAUUCUUUUGAAUAAAAUAAGUGACCAAUGGAAUUACUUUUACACAGAAAUAUUACCAACAAUACAAGCAAUGUUAUACCAACUUCCGGUGAAAGUUGGCGAUAAAUCAGUUCGACAAGUGACGUUACUCAGUUUUCGUGAUAUUGUUGUAUUGAAAGUAGGGACAGAAGAAACAAUGUCGUCACUUCCGGAUGAUGAUAUUACACCAGACGUAAGACAGAUGCUCUUAGUUCUACAGAGUGUUCACGAUGGCUAUCCACCAAGCGAAAACCAUCUGAGAAUUGAAAAGUUAGUGGCAAGAUGUGUAAGCCCAUACUUAGGAUUCUUUGGAUUGUAUGAAGGAUCCCCUGUUCCAACAACAGAAGUUUCAAUAAGACCAACAACCAAUCCAAAACUUCUAGAAAAAUCAGAAGCCUAUGAAUUUGAAGCUAAACAACAAUCUAGACCACGAUCUAUGCAAUUGAUUUCUCCGCGUUCUUCACAUCGACCUGGUAACGGUUUUGUAUUAAAUCAUCUAUUAGCACCAGUAGUGGAACAGGAAACAGGACGGCGACACAGCAUCGAUGUCUAUGACAAGCUAAACAAAUGAACCAUCAUAAAAAGGAAAUCGCAGAGAAAUCCAAAACACUCAAAACGUACAAAGUCGCUAGAAAUCCAUAAGUGGUGACAUCCAUGGACGGAUGCCACGACAAUGAGAGCUUAUGGAGACCAAAGACAAUAAUAGUACUUUUAUGUCUACUAUAUCAACAAAUUUCGGCUAAAGCUCAUUUGAAUAUCACCGUGGGGAGUUGCUGCAAUAAUAAAAUCAUCUAUUAGAAAACAAUAUGUGUCAGUUUCUAGAAAAUAAAAUGGGAAAAUGAAA